AGGGCAGUACUCUGUGAAAGUAAUUGUCCAAUGAAAGUCAUUAACGCCGAUCCGGGGUAACGCAGGAGCCGAGAGUACUAUGGAGAAUUUCACGGCGCUGUUUGGAGCUCAAGCUGACCCUCCACCGCCCCCAAGCACCCUCGGCUUCGGGCCCGGAAAGCCGCCCCCGCCACCUCCACCCCCUCCGGGAGGUGGUCCAGGCACAGCCCCGCCCGCGACUGCGACCUCGGCCCCGGCGGGCGCAGACAAGUCGACUGCUGGAAGCGGGCCCUUCUACCUUAUGCGGGAAUUGCCGGGCAGUACAGAACUGACCGGCAGCACCAAUUUAAUCACACACUACAACCUGGAACAGGCCUAUAAUAAGUUUUGUGGGAAGAAAGUGAAGGAGAAGCUAAGUAACUUCCUGCCUGACCUGCCUGGGAUGAUUGAUCUCCCUGGCUCCCAUGACAACAGCAGCCUCCGCUCCCUCAUUGAGAAGCCUCCUAUUCUUAGUAGCUCUUUUAAUCCAAUCACAGGGACCAUGCUGUCUGGCUUCCGCCUCCAUACUGGCCCGUUGCCAGAGCAGUGUCGUCUGAUGCAUAUUCAGCCUCCCAAGAAGAAGAAUAAGCAUAAGCAUAAACAGAGCCGGACCCAGGACCCUGUGCCCCCAGAAACUCCAUCUGAUUCAGAUCACAAAAAGAAGAAAAAGAAAAAAGAAGAGGAUCCUGAACGGAAAAGGAAGAAGAAAGAGAAGAAGAAGAAGAAGAACCGACAUAGUCCAGACCACCCAGGUAUGGGCAGCUCCCAGGCCAGCAGCAGCAGCAGCCUCCGCUAACAGGACCACAGAACUCUGCCAAGGAUGGCUUUCCUCCUAUAUUGAACCUGCUGACAAAAACUCUCUUCCAGGCACUUGGACACUGCCUCGGGGCAGCCAACAGCUAGACAGAGGCCAGCCCUGCUGUGCUUGUGACUAAUAUACUUUAGAGAAGUGCCAUGCUUUUUUAUGGUUUAGUCCAGUUGGCUUUUUUUUAACAGACUGGCUAGUAUGGCUACCUUUUAAGAGACAAGUGUUUGAGUUUAAGACAAGGCACUGCUAAGACAUAAGAGAUUUUGGUUCUUCCCAUCGAAUUAUUUCCUUAGGCUGGGAAAUCAAAAUGAGAGCAGAGAACAUGGUCGAAAAACUAGUCUGCUAAUAUUUUCCCACAGCGGACACAAAAUACUUUGCCCAUAAUGUUCAGUGCCUGGAUGAUCUUCAGCCCGUCAGGAAAGCUGGUCCAGAUAAGGUUUAUGCCUGUGUUGAUACACAACAGGGAACUAUUAUAAAACACCCACAAUCACCAGUAUAUUUAAAACAACUGGUGUUUUGGUGUUCACUUUCUUAUGCUCCCACCCUUUUUUCCUGGGACUGCCCCAAGCCUUGUAUAUGCUGGGCCAGCUUACCUCCCCCCACCCUCUUAUUCUUAUUCUUUAGUUUAAAUAUGGAUUUGGUUGUUUAGGAAAAAGAAGCUUUUGGUUUGUGUUUUUUGAGACAUCAUCUCACUAUGUAACCCUGGCAGGCUAUGAAGACCUCAAGCUCAAGAGACCCAACCGCCUCUACCUCCCAAGUUCUGGGGAUCAAAGGCAUGCACCACCAUGC